UUCAUGGUCCACGGUCAGGGAUGUGUUCAGGCCCUGCAGCUCCACACACACAUUCACCUCCUCGUAAACACCAGCCUGUAACCAAUCAAACCGCACCCAGUAAGACUCCAGUAUGUAACCUCCAGGACUGACUGGGUCCAUCUUGGGGAACCAGUGAGGAUCCACUGGGAGAACUGGGAGGAAGCGGGCCAGCAACCAGGUCGACCAUGUGGGAGAAAACGUUUCUGCUGCUGCUUCACUGUGUGGAAGCUGCAGUGGCGUCUCAGUGCUGGCAGGGGGCGACCUUCUCCGAGGCAGUUGUGUCCCCAGCAGUGGAGAGCAGCGGUAUCCUGCGGGUGCCUGGAGUGGCGUCUCUGCAGCAGUGUGUGGCGGCAUGCUGUGACCUGCCGGGUUACGACCUGGCCUGGCUCUUCGAGGGCCGCUGCUACAUCCUGAGCUGCCAGCAGAGGGAGAACUGCCAGCCCCGAGAGAGACCCGGGGCCGACUCCUUCCUCGCCUUCCUGCGGAGAGCGUCCCCGCAGACGCUGGUGCUGCAGUCUUUGGUGAGAGGAGAGCCAUACGGCGGCCGCUGGAGGCCCCCAUCACGGUCCUCUGAGGCCCCUGGGGACCUGGAGGCACUGAAGGACCUUGCUCUGUUUGAUGGGCCCCAGCAGGAUUUCUCCGACCCCGGCAUGCUGGAUGUGGAGUAUUCAGACUCUAAUCCAGAGGGGAGCCAGGAGGAAAGGGGAGGGGCUGGCUUGGAGGCCGAGGCCACGACCGAUCAGCUGUCCUUGGAGGCAAGAGACGGGUUCAACCAAUCGGAGGCAGAGGAUGGUCCGGAGACGGGGCUGACAGGAAGCAGUGUGGCCCAGAAUAGAGCCUCCUCUGGGUGGAACAUCAGUCAGGGAGACCAGGAUGACACCAAGAGACCGACUGAACCUGCUACUGCUGCAGAGAAAGCAGUGAGGAAUCGAGUUAAUCAGACCAAAACACAAAGCAGCUCUGGGUCAACAUCACUGACUCCAUCACUCCUACAGAAACCAACAACUGACUCCACCCAACACGACCAUAUAAGGACUUCUCCUUCCACCCCAGCUGCGCCCCGUAGGCCCAUCAGCACGUCCAUGCAGCCAGGUAGACCUGCAAAUCGAUCCCUGACGGUGUCCCUUGGAAACGCUGUUGAGAGGACGGUGCCCACAGUUACACUUGAUGCUUCAGUUUCCCCUGAACCCACAACUGACCCACUAAAGAUGUUCCAGUCAGCAGCUGAAGCUCCAUUGACCACCACAAACCUCCCCGACAGAGCCGUGAACUCUGAACCCACCAGCACCUCACCUCCCAGCACCAACCCUCCAACCAUGACCACACCCUCUGCUACGACUGCCGCAGAGUCGGGUAAAGUGAACGUAUCAGAGGUCAUGGGGUCAAACCUUCGCCCCGUGGCUGUCGUGGGUCCUGACAGGAAGCUGCUUCUCCCAGUGAGCAGCUUGUCCCUGGACGGCAGCGGAAGCACUGACGACCAUGGCGUCAUCAGAUACCACUGGGACGCAGUCAGUGGCCCCCCGGGGUUAAAGCUGGAGGGAGCGGACCAGGCAGUGGCCACAGCGACAGGCCUUCGGGUUGGACGCUACACCUUCAGACUGACUGUCUCUGACCAGCAGGGGGCGACAGACAGCGCUUCACUGACCGUCAGGGUCCAGGAGGCCAAAAGUCUUCCUCCUGUCGCUCACGCCAGCGGCAGCCACACUCUCUCUCUGCCCAACAGCUCUCUGGUCCUGCGGGGCUCCGUGACUGACGGAGACCAGAGCGAGGUCCACUACCUGUGGGUCAGAGACAGCCAGAGUCCUGCUGCUGGGGAAGUGCUGUACGGCUCUGAGACUCAGGCCUCACUGUACCUGGCCAACCUGGUCGAGGGCACCUACCUGUUCCAGCUGAGGGUCACCGACGCUCAGGGGCGUUCCAGCACCGCCACAGCCACCGUGGAGGUCCAGCCAGAGCCGGGUGGAGGGGAGGAGGUGGAGCUGGAGAUGCUGGUGUCGGUGUCUCAGGUCAGCGUGGCUCAGAGGGACACGGUGGUCAGACAGCUCGCCGCUCUGCUCCACGUCCUCGACAGUGACAUCCAGGUCCGAGCGCUGCAGGGACACUCACACCUCAGCACGGUGUUGCGGUUCUCAGUGCGGGGCCCCUCUGGGCCGACCUCUGGCUCCAGGCUUGUGGGUCUGUUGAGAAACCAGCUGCUCAGAGAGAAGAGCGACUACCUGCUGUUCAGAGUCCUGAGAGUCGACACCGUCAUGUGCCUGCUUCACUGUUCGGGCCGUGGUCAGUGUGAUCCAAUUACAAAAGAGUGUGCGUGCGACCCCUUCUGGACGGAGAACCUGAUUCGUCGUUACCUUGGUGAUGGAGAGAGCAACUGUGAGUGGAGGGUGCUGUACGUCAUCCUGACCAGCUUCAUGCUCAUGGUCUUCAUCCUGUCCAUCAGCUGGACCUUCAUCUGCUGCUGCAAGAGGAGGAGACAGACCAAAGUGAGGAAGAAAACCAAAUACACCAUCCUGGACAACAUGGACGAGCAGGAGCGAGUGGAGCUCAGACCUAAAUUCAGCAUCAAACACCGCAGCACAGAGCACAACUCCAGCCUGAUGAUGUCAGAGUCGGAGCUGGACAGCGACCAGGACACCAUCUUCAGCCGGGACCGACCCGUCCGCAGCAGGAACCGGAUCAGCGCCCAGGCCGCUCGCAACGGAAACGCCUUUGGCUGAUGGGACCAGAUCUGACCUCCUGGUGACCAGAUGGGCUCGACUCAGACGUUUGCACUCUGGCAGCCACAAGUGGCAGCGAGAGAUUUAACUUCUUAAAGUCUGAAGAAGGACUUCAUUUCCCAGAAAUCUUGUUUCUGUGAGGUCAGUAAAUGAACCAGUGUCCCAUUUCAGGGUCGGACUCCUUCGAAAGGACAUAAGGACAUGAGGACAAACCUGAGACUCCUCACACAGGACAAUAAGGGCUGAAGCAUCCGAAUUAAUAUUUGAAGGAUUCUUUAUCAUAAGAGAACUCUGAUGAUCUGUGUCGUGGGGCUGCAACUAACAGUUAUUUUCAUUAUCAGUUAAUCUGCCCGUUAUUUUCUCAAUGAAUCAUAAAACAGUCAGGAAAUAGUGAAACACACCUGCUGUGUAAUUUCUCAGAGCCCAAGGUGAUGUCUUCAGAUGGUGUCUCAUCUCACCAACUGUCAAAAGCAUCACAUUCUUACAUUUAAGAAGCAUGAGACCAGCACGUUUGGCUAUUUUACUUUGUAUUUUUCAAUUUACGCCUUUGUUCUGAUUAUUUUACGAUUAUUUGAUUAUAAAAAUAGUUGCCAGUUAAUUUUCUGUCGAUCAAUUGAUCAACUAACCCUCACAGCCCCACUGUGUUGGCUUAUUCAGUCUUAAAAUGUAGAAUUUUAAGUAAGAUAUUUAGGCUGAGAUAAUUUUGAAAAUACAUAUUUUCUUUUACAUUUUGGCCUCAUUGUUUUUUUUACGGUGCGUAUUUUUCGAAACUCCUACUUCAUCUGUGUGGAUGUGAAACUGAGCAUUUGGGAAACAAUGUCAUCUCAAUUCGCUGCCAAUCAGCUUUUGCUGCUGUCCAACGCAGCGCUGAGGAACCGUCUCCCUGAGCUGCUCUCCUCCUGAGGCCUGUGCUACGAAACCAGUUCAACUUACCCAGGAUAUCUUCUUGUUAUCUGGUUUGACUUACCCGUCACAUCUGCCGUCUGAAUAACUGGUACUACAAAGCUGGCUAGCCAGGUCAGUCAACUCUGGGUUUUCAUAUCAGCCACAAGCGCGUUUAUGUGGAAGAAGAGGGGCUGUUAAUUAUGAGCAUCAUCAUCAGUAACAUGAAUGAAGGAGGCUGCUUCAUAGGAGGUGAAACAGUACCGAAAGUGUCUGUGAGACAGUAAAAUGUCAGUGGCGUAGGAUGUAACGACACUCUGUAAUCCUGGAAAAUGUAGAAACUUUGAAAAUACUCUCCAAAACUUCACCGUCAGCUGAGACUUAAACUCCAGAGACUCCAGACUUAAGUCAUGGAUAUUUUCUUCUUCAGUGAUCUGAUUGGUCAGAUUUCAGGGUGUUGACAGGUUGUGAUCCGAUACCUUGAAGUUAACGGUGAUUUAUCCCAGUGAAAAGAGAACCAGCUUCGUGGUACUGAAAACCCAGAGUUAGCCCUUAAGUUACCUUGCUAACUCCAAAUCCUGUUUGGUAGUGCAGGCCUCUGCUCUCUCCGCCUGGUUAGCACAAGCUAACACAGCACAACAUGAUCUCAUCCCUACUCAGCACAUUUUGUGGUUCACAUCCAACACAGAGCCAUGAAUCUCACACUGACACCGAUACGGCUCGACUCUGUCCUUAAACUGGUUAAUAACCUUCAGCUACCUGUGUCAUGCUAACAGUUAGCCCUGUCACUGUGUGUCAGACUGUGUCACAGGUGCAGCAGUUGAUAAACAGAGAGCAAACAGGGCAACGAGGGGCUGAGCGAAUCAUCACGCUGCACGCAGCUCUACAAUGAAAUGAGAUUUUACCCGUUUUAAAUUGUCAAAUUUGCAGUAAAGUUGCAGUGAUUGGUCCUGCAGAAUUCACAGGGAUUAAAUGAAUUUGUGUUCGUUGUUGUGAUGGCAGCAUCCUGGAGGGACUUUAAGAACUUGUACAGCAGCUAAGCCUAAACUUAAAGCCACUGAGAGGCUACACGGACAGGCUUCUUACUAAUCACCUGACCCUAACAGACUGCUGUUCAUCAGGUGAAAACAGAGUCCUCCUUCUUCUUCUUCUCGUCUUUGAUGCAUAAUUUAUUUCACUGCUGUAGUCUUCAAUAAAAACCAUGCAGUCA